AAAAAGGAGGAGGCAGAGCCAUGGACCGUUGCGUGUGUGGCUCGAUGACUCGUCCCAUCUUUUCGCUAGCUCUACUGCUACUCUUUCUUUCUGCUGCAACAAACACCAGUGCAGUCGACUGUGGUGGUGCCACAUACUCGACAGUGAUAUAUGUGGACUGCGAGAACGGCUCAAUAAGCCGUGGCUGUGGAAAUAUGGAGGAGCCUUGCAAGACGCUCGCCCUUGCAGUCCGUGCUCUCGGGAACAACUAUUGCAUAUCAAUUCCAGGCAGUCGGAGCUGUCCGCUAGACGAGGUGCUCAAUAUCACUGGCUAUUCCCAUAUUGGCAUCGUUGGGAAUGAAGAUCUUAAAUUGGUUUGUACGGAGAAUAAUACAGCAGGUCUGUAUGUGUCAGCAGUGGAAGGCCUGAAUCUCAGCUACUUCACUAUAAGUGGCUGUGGGGCUUUGUUUGAGAGUGCAAAUUUCAAUUUCACUAGCUCUACAAUGACACAGAUAAGAGUGGCGAUGUACGUCAUCAAUGUUACAAAUUUGGCUGUGACUUCCACUCACUUUCAGUCCAACCCUGGACUGGGCUUGGCUGUCUACAAUACCAAAGGAAACAUACUGUUUGUGGAUUGUGAUUUCGUUGGUAAUGGGGAGUGGAGUACUACAGCUGGGGGUGGGGGGCUGUUACUCCAUUACUCCUACUGUACUCCAGGACUAAUCACAUGUGACCCCAGCACAAAUAUCUACAAUAGCAACAACAACAUCAUCAUUGAUUCGUGUCGUUUCGAGAGAAAUAAAGCUGCUGGCUCCACAAGUUCUGCUGAACUUAAUUUCCACAGAGAAAUAGGGAUCUAUACCUAUACUCUGGGUAAAGGAGGAGGACUGUGUGUCUCAUUUUCAGGAAACAGCUCACAAAACACGGUCAAUGUGAAAGACUCGGUUUUUCUCAAUAACACGGCGCAUUUUGGUGGUGGGAUGGAGUUACUCCUGAAAGACAACGCUACGAGAAAUAAUAUUUCCAUUGUGGGGACAAAAAUCGAGGGGAAUUUCGCAAGUGGCGAUGGCGGAGGAAUAAGAAUCGCAAAUGAAUUUUACGAAUGUAAAUCUUGUGUUCUCGAGAACGCGGUGAAAGUGAACGACACGUUGUUCUUGUCAAACUCAGCCAUGUGGGGAGGAGCGGUGGAGUACUUUGCCAGUCAGGGAGAAAGGUCGACUAUAAAUAGUCCAGUGUUCUACAACUGUACUUGGGACUCCAACACUGCUGUCAUGUCUGCGUCUGCAGUCGAUCUAGUUCUAGAUGCAUUCAGUACACAGUUACCAGGAUUUCUACCAACUCCGCUCUUUGAAAGGUGUUUAUUUGUGAGGAACAGUCUCACGUCCUUCCAGACCGGAACUAUCAGCAUUCAGUCGUACGAAGUCGAGUUCAAGUCACACGUGAAAUUUGAGGACAACAUGGGCACUGCUCUCUAUUUAACUGAUGCUACAGCUGUCAUACUCAGUGGAACCGUGGCAGAGUUUGUCAAUAAUACUGCCGGCAAUGGUGCGGCCCUGUCACUACUGGGCUCAUCUAAUCUAGUCAUACACCCUGACACACAGCUUGACUUUACCAACAACAAGGCCCUGGAGUUUGGUGGUGCAAUAUAUUUCUACAGCACCAGUUCCUCACUGUUCUACUCGUACACGUGUUUCGUAGAGUAUUUCAAGGCUCAGGUAAAGCCUGGGAAUUGGAGUAAUGUGAGCCUCUGGUUCUCAAAUAACACAGCUCUCGGGUUUGGGCACGCAAUAUAUGCCAGUACGCUGGUACCCUGUGCUAGAAUAUAUGGAAAUGGUUCAAACAUUGAUGAAAAAUUAGAUGAACUGUUUACGAAACCUCCCUUUAUUUAUGAUGACCCGUACACCAGAGGACUAAUAGGAACAGUCGUAGAUCGUCUUGCUUUUGGCAGUUACAACGCUCUAAUAGCUGUCCCAGGGCUUGUUUUUCAAACUGGAGUGCGGGCAUUUGACGAACUAAACCAAACAGUCGAUGCCGUGUUUCAUGCCUUCAUCAUGAAAGGCUCGGAGAAUGCUAGCAUAGCCUCAACGUAUUCCUACACAGCCAGUGGCCAGAUACAGCUGACUGGAGUCCCUGGGACCAGAGUUGAGGUAACUCUACAAACAACUGGACCAAUACAGACUGGGAUUAGUUUAGAGAUCACGUUAGCCGAUUGUCCGCCGGGUUUCUAUGAAGACCUGAACAAAACCAACACUUCGUCGACUGUGUGUCGGUGCUCGGCCAACGUCCCUGGUUAUCAGUAUGAAGGUGUGUUCCGUUGCGACGCAGACGAUUUCCAGGCGGUCUUGGCACAAGGCUACUGGGGAGGGUGUCUAACGGGGACAGGGUUUGUCACGGGGCAGUGUCCACUCGGAUUCUGUAAUCAUACCAACACAGAAUUUCUUCUACCGCAGAGCUGCGCUGAGCUGGACAGCAUGUUGUGUGGACCGAAGCACCGCACGGGAGUCCUGUGCGGGACGUGUAAGGAGAACUACACUGUUCACUAUCACUCCAAUAGAUAUGAGUGCGAGAAAUGCAAACACCCUCAUCUGGGCCUUCUUUACUAUGCUCUCGCCGAGUUACUACCACUGACACUCGUGUUUGCAGUUAUUGUCAUAUUUGGGAUCAGUUUCACUUCCGGUCCUGCAAACAGCUUCAUUUUGUUUGCUCAAGUCCUCAACUUUUUUGACGUUUCGAGUUUCGGGAGUUUGCCGUUCCCUCGAUCUGUCACCUACCUUACCGAUGCCUACCAGGCCAUCUUUGGUGCUUUCAAUUUCGAUUUCUUCAAGAUUGAGGCAUUUUCAUUCUGUCUCUGGGAUAAUGCUCAGAUUUUGGAUCUGUUUGUGUUCAAGUACGUCACUACAGCCUACGUUCUGGUAAUGCUCUUGUCGCUACUUCUAUCAGUUCACUACAUUCCUCGCUGCUAUGCCUGCCUCCAACGCUGCGUUUUCAGACGAACUAUCACCAUAUGCCUCAUCCAGGGAGUGUCGGCAUUCCUCAUAAUGUCUUAUGCUCAGUGUGCAAAAGUCUCCUUCCAGAUUCUGACAGUACAGUCCCUCAGAGGUCAAGAUUUUCACCACGUAAAGGACGUCGUGUUUUUGAGUGGAGAAACGGAUUAUUUCAGCCGGCGUCACCUCCCGUACGCCAUCCCUGCUGUUCUUGUUCUUGUGCUGGUGACUGUUCCCCCUAUCAUCCUCAUACUCCACCCAGCACUCACCAAGUACUGUGGGAAGAAGUCAGACGAUACAGGUGAAGAACGUGAGAAAAUGGCUUUCUUGUCCGUGUGGAAAACUCGACUCACUCCAUUCUUUGACUCCUUCCAGAGUUGCUUUAAGGACAACUGUCGCUAUUUCGCUGGCCUCUACUUUAUUUCGCCUCGUGAUAUCGAUGGCUUUUGCUCUUGCUGACAGCGGGAUGGAGUUAUACUUCACUUUGGAGAUCAUAGUUAUCAUCAUGCUGGCUGUGCACGCCAUUAUCCAGCCCUACCAGAACCCGUUCUUCAACGUUCUCAAUACUACUAUAUUUGCCGACCUAGCCAUUAUUAAUGGUCUGAGUAUCUACAAUUUCUACUGGGCACAGAAUGGGGUGGAGGAAACCAUCGUUACAGUCUCGUACUUUCAGGUGUUUCUCAUUUACCUACCUCUCGUCUAUAUGGCAGUUGUGCUGCUGCUUAAGGCUGGAAUGAAGUUUAAAAAGAUUCGCAGGCACCGGUGGGUGGGGAAACUCAGUCACUACGUGCCUCUAGCUCAGAAUCAGUCUGCCGAGUACCGACUGCAGUUGUCUAGUAGUUUCAGUGAGAACAACCUUCCUUCGAGGCUCGUUUGAAGAGGGGAGCUCUCCACCACCAUCUCCAGCUGUGCCGGCAUAUGGAGCUACUGUGAACUCAACUAGAGAAAGGAACACAUUAUGAAACUUGUUGUCUGAACAAACAAUAAUGUGCUUGUGUGUCCACUGUUUGUAUAAUUAUACAGCUACUUGUUCUCUUU